CGUCAGUCCCACUCUCCAUUCCAGCCUGACGCGCGAUGCUAGCCGUUAAAAUGUAGCGAGGAAUCGCGCACGCGUGUUCCUGAUCGCGUUGGGCGAAAAAAAGAGAGACGCAUGCGCGAGAAGCCCGACUAGUGGAGGGUGAGGUGGGACUGAUAGGCCCAAACCAACAACAUGAUGACCCGGGGAUACUGUAGGCGCCAAGUCUAAGGGACAUUACAGGUCAAAUCUCUCCCAUUUACCUCAGGUCGCCAUCGGCGCGCUCGCCAUGGCCCGGCACAGGAACGUGCGUGGCUAUAACUACGACGAAGACUUUGAAGAAGAUGAUCUCUAUGGACAGUCUGUGGAGGAUGAUUAUUGCAUUUCACCUUCAACAGCUGCUCAAUUUAUCUAUUCAAGACGGGAUAAUCCUUCCGCAUAUGCCGGGACAUUAGAAGGAGAAUAUGGCUAUGAAGAUGCAGGACAUAGUAAUGAUUGUAUUUCCAGUCACCAGCUAACUGGUGCUGAAAAAGCUCAGAUUGUUUUGUGUCUUGACCGUAUGAGAGAAGUGCUUGGAGGCUCUGUGUCUGAGAAAGUGAUGGUGGAAGCAGUACUGAGCAGUAAAUUUGAUGUACAGCAAGCUUUGGAAUCUGUACUUGCCCAAGACAAUAAGCAAAAUAUGAAGGUCAAGAAUGAGGAUGCUGUAACUGCAGGGAAGGCAACAAAAGAAAAAGCCAGAGAUUCACAGACAACCAGAAUUGAAUCUGAUGUUGUGCCCAAAGUUACCAAAAUGACAGUGUCUGGAAAGAAACAAGCUACUGGUUUUGAAGUUCCAUGCAUAAAUGCCGAAGAGAAUGGACAUAAUGCUUUUAUACCACAAAAGGGACUCUCGGCUGGAGACGCCAAUGUGGGGAUAACAGAGAUUCUUCCUAAACCACCUUUUCCAUCCCAGACUGUCCAAGCAUCAGAAGAACCAACACUGGCACCAACUUCAGUGAAAAAGUCUGGAAAAGCAAAACAGCAAAUAGAUGUGAAAACUGAGCUGGAGAAGAGACAAGGAGGAAAGCAUCUGCUUAACCUUGUGGUAAUAGGACAUGUUGAUGCAGGAAAAAGUACUCUAAUGGGUCAUUUGCUGUAUCUUCUGGGCAAUGUGAACAAACGGACUAUGCAUAAAUAUGAGCAGGAAUCCAAGAAAGCUGGAAAAGCAUCAUUUGCUUAUGCAUGGGUCUUGGAUGAGACAGGAGAAGAGAGAGAGAGGGGAGUGACGAUGGAUGUAGGUAUGACCAAAUUUGAGACAAAGACAAAAGUUAUCACAUUGAUGGAUGCUCCAGGCCAUAAAGACUUCAUUCCAAAUAUGAUCACAGGAGCUGCAAAGGCUGAUGUGGCUAUAUUAGUGGUGGAUGCCAGCAGAGGGGAAUUUGAAGCAGGAUUUGAGACUGGUGGACAGACACGAGAACAUGGUCUAUUAGUUCGAUCUCUUGGAGUAACACAGUUGGCAGUUGCUGUCAAUAAAAUGGACCAGGUCAGUUGGAAACAGGAAAGAUUUCAGGAUAUUGUUGGUAAACUUGGGCAGUUCCUUAAGCAAGCGGGCUUUAAGGAGUCAGAUGUAGCUUAUAUCCCUACAAGCGGGCUUGCUGGUGAAAAUCUUGUCACAAGGAGUCAAACGAGUGAGCUGACCAAAUGGUAUGAAGGAAAAUGCUUGUUAGAACAAAUAGAUUCGUUCAAACCACCUCAAAGAUCAGUGGAUAAACCAUUCAGAUUGUGUGUAUCUGAUGUUUUUAAAGAUCAAGGAUCAGGAUUUUGUGUGACUGGUAAAAUUGAAGCAGGAUAUGUUCAGGUUGGAGAUAGACUGCUGGCAAUGCCUCCUAAUGAAACUUGCACUGUAAAAGGAAUUGCCCUGCAUGAUGAACCAGUGGAUUGGGCUGCAGCAGGAGAUCAUGUUAUUCUCACUUUGACUGGCAUGGAUAUCAUCAAAAUCAAUCUUGGCUGUGUAUUUUGUUGCCCCAAGGAACCUAUUAAAGUUUGCACACGUUUCAGAGCUCGAGUCCUUAUCUUCAAUAUUGAAAUCCCUAUCACCAAAGGAUUCCCUGUGCUUUUACAUUUUCAAACUGUAAGUGAGCCUGCCACUAUUAGAAGGUUGUUGAGUGUGCUUCACAAGAGUACAGGUGAAGUCACAAAGAAAAAACCUAAGUGUUUAACUAAAGGGCAGAAUGCUUUAAUAGAACUGCAAACACAAAGGCCUGUUGCUCUGGAAGUUUAUAAAGAUUUUAAAGAACUCGGAAGGUUUAUGUUGCGCUACGGUGGAUCCACCAUAGCUGCAGGAGUUGUCACAGAGAUUAAAGAAUGAUAGCUGUGCCAGGACUUCUGCAAUCCAACCAAAUUAAAUAUGUCCAAAUAUGCUUACUUGAUGAAUCCAGUCGUAACAGUUUGAAGGAACAAAGAUUUAUUUUAAACAGAUGAGACAUUGGGUGUUCUUCAAACAUUUUGAAGCUGCCAUUGUUGCAAAACAGUAUGCCAACAGGAAUACUUGUUGGACUUUCUCAGUGCGCAAGUUCCAGUAUAUUUCCCAUCUAAACCUUCACAUUGGUAGCUCUGGUGGUCCUUUAUGAAAAGUUUAUCAGAAUGAUGUACUAAAGGAUGACUCAUGAAAAAAAAGCAUGUUACUUCCAGCCUUAAACUUUGUUUACAGUUUGGGGGGUGCUUAUUUGCUGCACACUAUUUCACAAAUUAAUUCAAUUGGGCUACAAUAUUCCAGAUUUUAUACAAAUGCAUUUUCAAAUAACCUUAUUUUCUAAUGUUUCAUAAACCAUUAUGUAAUGCUGCACCCAAAAAUUUAAUUUCUUUCUAUCCCACAUUAAUUUAAAAACUUGUUGUGUAGACAUAGCUUGUCUAAUAAUGGCUAAUUUUAUUUUUUAAAUUGUAGAAUAAAGUA